AUGGGCCGUGGUAAAGAAAGUACGCGCGCCAGUCGAAAGACUGCUUCUCGUCCAAUUACACACUCACCUUCGGCAUUUCUGAGAAAUUAUCAACACAUCUAUCGAACAAUGCCUUUCGCAUCGUUUAAAAAUAUUCAAAAAAGAUUCGCAAGAAUUCAUAAAGAACGAUCUCAACCUCAACAUCGACGACAUCUUGGAAUUCUACCGAAGAGACAAGAUUUCCGUCAAAGAGCCAGAGAUAAGGAAUUGAAAAGUGCUAAAAUCAAAGAGUUGAAAAGUAAGGCUUUAGAGAAGAAUACAGAUGAAUUCUAUUUCAAUAUGUGUAAUUCUCGCUUUGAUGCGGAAAAAGGACAUAUCCCUUUGGAUGUGGAAAAGACUUAUUCAGAUUGUGAUAUUAAAUCAUCUUUUUCUAAAAAUAUCACACGUUUACAAUAUGAAUUACAAAAAGAGAUGUCCAAGAUACGUCAACUUGAGUCAAAAACUAAUUUAUUGCAAGGCGAAUUAAAAGAUAGUCAUUCAAGAAAAACUCCUAAACACAUUAUUUUUGCAGAAAACCAUGAUGAAAUGUUGGAAUUAUGUCGUUCAUUUGCAACCAAAUCACAGAAGACAGAUGAAAUUCUAGAGAAUAAUACAUCUUCCAUUGACACACAUCUUGACAAUAAUGAUGUUUAUAUUAAACGGUGUAAUGCCUACAAAGAAUUAUCUGAACGUCUAGAAAGAGCUAAACAAUUAAAGUAUCUUUUGCGUCAACAUGAAGCCAAGAGAAAUCUUAUGUUCCACUUCAUACAGUGA